UUUGAGGAGGAGGAAGAGGAGGGGGGGUGUAUCUGACAAGCACACACAAUAAAUGCGUUUUACUGAAAGGGAGACGAGCAGAGGCACCCGGGGGGCUUCAAGAUAAUAGACUAUGGUGUCACCCAACCCGUUCAGGUGGUUGUCUCAGAUUUUGACAGCGUUUUCUUGCAGCAGUUGUGAGCUGUAGGGAUUUAGUGAUAGAUACCGAGACUUUGGGAGGGGGGGGGAUGGGAAAGCGAGCCGGAUUGGCUGCUGCAGAGAGUCAGCCAGGGCCAGGGUUUGUAGUAUAAUCAGGGCAGGUCGGCAGAUACGAAACAAUCAUUUAUUUAAUAAUAAUUAUAUAUAUAUAUAUAGUAAUAAUAAUAAUAAUAGCAGUGCAAAGGUUUAUCAAGAGAAAAAGCAGCAGCUGUGCAUGCAGUGCAAGGCUGCGCCGGUGCUAUAAUGAAGGCAGUGUGAGUCAGAAAGUCCUCGCCGGGCAGUUGCUCGCUUUCUUUUUUUUUUUUUUUUUGCAGUGGCUGCCGGUGGAGAGCUUCUCUAAGUACAGAUAUGAGCGCAGCACCCGGGCCUAGUCGCACUGCCGCACAGAUCCGCUUUCACAAAUCCGGAAAAAAUAACCUUACACUGCACAUUUUUAACGAUUUUCAACUGGUUUUAUUGUGUCCGAGGUGUAAAUGGUAAGAUUUCAGUUGAGUUUUUAAACUCGGGUGUGUUUUUUUUAUUUGUUAACCUAUCGUGUUUUUGUGUGUGUCUGUCUGUCUGUCUGUGCGUGUUCGUACGGGAGCGGAGUGUCAACAUUGUGAUAUUAGUGCAGGGUGGUCUUCAAGGAUGGAGCCAUGAGAGAAUGGAUCAAACAUGCAAACGGAGUGUUGGAGAUAUUUUGACUCUUUACUCCGACCCACUCAAACCGCAGAGACCAGAUGGCAACAGCGCCCCCUGUGGAAAAGGGUAUGGCAUGGCAGCUGGAUUAGACACCGCGUGCGCCAUGCAGCUGUCGACGGCCGCUGCUUUUAAAAACGGAGAGUCGUACGUGUUCGAUCCACAGGAGCCUUCCUCGUGCUACAUCCCUCUUCGAAGACUGCAGGACCUCGCCUCCAUGGUUAGCCAGCCGGACCUGGGUUUCAAAGAUGGAGAGCAGCAGGGUCCCCAUGAUUUGCACACUCAGGGGGCAGAUUUCGAGUCGGUCUCCUGCCAUAUUGCCUCCUCUUCACUCCUUAAUAGUGGGGCGGACACUUUAUCCAAUCAUGAUUUAGAAAACAAUUGCCCCGCUCCUCGGACUCCAGAUUUGAAUGCAGACGCAAUCCCGAACGGCUGCCUGCCCUUAAAGCCGACUGCGCUUGGGAUGAGAACACAGCGUGGUGGUGAGCGAGAGGAGGAGGAGGAGGAGGAGGAGGAGGAGGAGGGGGACAGCGUCACUGCUGCAGUACUGAAACACAAAGCAAAGGCAGACAAAAAGAAAACGAUGGUUAGCGCCGGGAAUUCUUGCAAAUCCGGAACUCUAGAAGUCGUUGUCGAAAAUCGGGACAGCCGCCCAGAGGUGCCCAGUAAAACCAGUACACUCGAGCCCAGCUCAACUGGGAUCCACGCGCAUUCUGCGGCAUUAAAGGACAUGGCCACGUGCGCCACAGAUUAUUUGGGAAGUGGUGCAGAAGAUUCGGGGAGCGACAUGGAAGUGUCCCGGGACUUAGGGAACGGCUGUGAGGGAGGAGAGCCGAGGGACAGGACAGAGGCCACAUCGGCUACCCCUCAGUCCAAUUCUGGCUGCAGUCCGAAGAAGAAGCCCACUCCGGUGGCGUACGAGCUUGGAGACCUGGUGUGGGCCAAGUUCAACCGCCGGCCCUGGUGGCCAUGCAGGAUCUGCUGUGACCCGCUGCUCAACACCUACUUCAGGAUGAAAGAGCCCAGUCGCAGACCCUGCCGCCAGUACUUCGUUCGCACGUAUGGGGAGAUCCUGGACCAGGCCUGGGUGGUGGGGAGAGCCACCUUCCCCUUCGAGGGGCGCCACCAGUUCGAAGAUCUGCCUGUGCUGCGCAGGAGGGGCAAGCAGAAGGAAGAGAACUACAAAUACACAAUCCCAACUCGAUUCUUGCCAGUUUGGGAGGCCAGUGUGGUCGAAGCAGAGGCCACUCUUCCUGAACCACAGAGGAAAUUCAUCGGCAGCUCCUCUGCAAAGACUACUGACCUCCAACCUACAUCUGUGAAAGAAGAGGAAACAACUCUAACAAGCCCCCAGAGUCCUGCCGGGCCCCCCGAACCCUUGUCGUCAGCGCAGCUGCCCAAUGGAAAAUCACUUCCACCCAAAAGGCCCAAUCGGAAGAAGGAGGGCGGCACCAAGACCCCGCGGGUCCGAAAGAAGCCUGCUGACUCCUGCAAAGCCUCUAAAGAAGCAGAGACAUCGAGGAAGCAGGCAACAGCUGUGGCCGAGGCAGUCUCCACUGGACCCGAUGACCCCCCCCCUGCUGACUGCCCCUAUUCGGAUAUCGAUUCUGUACCGAGGAUCCUUUGUCCAAAGGUUUCAGAACGCACCCCUAAACUUGAGCCGGUCCAGCCGCCCCCGAUCCCGCUGGACACCCCCACGCCGGAGAUCAGGAAGCUUGCCUCACGGCAGAGACGCAGGCGCGUUUCGGUGAGGAGGCUGCCGAGAGGGUUGGCCGGCGAUGCCGCCAGCACAGGCUCGGACUCGGAGAACAGCUCGUUUGGGGGCUCGCUGUUGUGUCCCGCGAGUGCAGGACUGUGUGAUUUGUCUGAGAAGAUCAGCAGCCAGCGGGCCAGGUGCCUCCCAGCCAGCAAUAGACUAACGACGAGGGCGCUGAAGGCUAUGGAGGAGGCAGGAGCCGACAAGCACAUUAUUGGCUGUAGAAACUCUGAAUUGUCAAACGGGGAGGCGGAGAAGAACUUUGCAUCCGCUGAAGGUCCUACGGAAAGCUUGGCUUCCGCAAAUAGCUGCAAACAAGCGGGCAAAGUCGACACUUCACAGACACUCUGCAAAGACCUGACGCAGCAGAGCACCCCGGGGGGAAUGCACGCCGCUUUAUCAGAGAGAAACAACACUGCGCUCCCGAAUGGGCCCCUCACAAAACCAGAGAGAGAAAGCUGGCUGGAUUUCAAAGAGCCUUGUGACUGGGCGCCACUGUCGGAGGACACAAUGGCCCGGGUGGCUGCCCUGGUGAAGAGGCAAAACGGCCUCCAGGAAAGCUCUUCCUCCUGCACCUCCCCUUCCUCAUCCUCUUCCCCCUCUCCCUCCUUCAACCCUGCAGACAUUCAGAGCGCUGUGGUCAAGCACGUCCUCUCGUUCCACUCUCUGAAGAACGAGGACUGCGGGUCAGGCAAGCCUUCUACCUUUAGCCCAGACUCCAACUACAAGUACAGCACCUGGCUGAUGCUGUGGAAGGGCAUGCAUGACAGCCGGGCAAAGGAAGGGUCUCCAAUGGUCGUGGGGCAAAGCGUUGGAACCUCUCCCAGUACACCUCCCGUCAUCCCUCAGACUACCCCUCCCAACACCCCUCCAAAAUAUAACGCACCGCCCGCUGGGCUGUCUCUCUUCUCUGACGCUGGAGGAAAUAAAAAGCAUGAAGAGAGAUCGGAGGAGAUCACCCCAGCUAUCUGGGGGACAAAAAUGACAACCAGGGUGAGAAACAGGAAGAGUAGCCUGCAGGAGCCGGUACCGACACAGCUUCCCAGUGAUGCAUUACCAACCCAGGGAAACAGCUCCAGCGCCAACAUCAAGCGAGCCCGACCCAGGCCUCCUUCACAGAAACGGGCGAACCCCAAGGGGGGGGAAGGCGGCUCGGGCGACGCUGGUAGGAGCAGCAGCAGCGUUGUUAUGAAGGUCCGCGAUGAAUACGGGCGCUUCAGAAAAGGCUCAGCGACAGCAGCAGCCAGGAGGCGGAGUCACAACAACGUGCCUUUGGAAUUGGCCGAGCACGCUUAUGGGAAAGACUGCGCGCGAGCGCACAGCGACGUGAAACCAGGCGGGGGCUCCUCUCUCCUCUGGGGACGCUCCUGGACCCAGUCUCCAGCUGGGGCCCCCGAGGACUGCGUGGCCCCUAAGAAGCGCUGGCAGAAUUUUGACCAGGGCUCUGAUAAAGCAGUCGGGACGGAGGGAGAGUGUGGGGGGGAGGAGCUUGAGGGCGGAGAGACGGCGGUGCCUUUCGAGCUGAGCGGGGGCUGUAAGGGGGGUCCGGGUCACAUCCUGGGACCUGCCAAGGCUUCCCAACCAAAGAAAGGGGAUGGCAAGCUGGCAGGUGCUCGGACGCACACCAAUAAGACACCUCCGGCUGGCGGAGAGGAGAAGGAUGUCUCGCUAUCAGCACACUCAGAAAGCAAGCGACGUAGGAAACCCAGCAAGAGACUCCUAGAGUGGACUGAGGAGAGCGAGACUGGAGCGAAGAAGAAGCAGAGAAAAGGGUCUGAGCAGAGCGGCAAGGCUGGAGAGGAAGAGAACAGCAGGGAAGCAGCAAGCGAGCCGCUUUCACUGGUGACGUCUACGCAAGAAGAGCUGCACACUGCAACCCCAGAGCACCAUGCACUGUCCACACAGGGGCCAGGCGGCAUAGAGGAACAGGCUCCGCCCCAGGAUGGGCAUGUCCCGCCCCCAGAUACACUGACUCCACCCCCAGAGGCCCUGUCACCUGCAAAAGAGACCCAGAAAACAGAGCUGGACCCUGCCUCUCCCGAGCCCUGCUCCCUGGAACCCGGGCAGCAGUCUCCAGAGUCAGAGUGCCAAGAGAGGAAGAGGCUUCGGAAACCCACUAAAAAGAUUCUGGAGUGGACCAUCGACGUGGAGUCAAUCUUAAUUCCAAAGAAAAAGCCACGCAGCUCCCAAAAGGAGUGUAGUGAACAAGGUACCAGGGAGGAGGAGGAGGAGGAGGAGGCGGAGGCAGGGGGGCAGGACAGUCAUGAAAAACAGCAAGAGGACGAGUCCACGAAGAAGAGCGUUUCCUCGUCUCCAGGACUCUGUUCAGCACUGCACCCCGACCGAAACAAGAAGAGGAGGAGGCGGGUUUCCUCCACGGUGUUGUACAAGAAAAGCGUCCCCAGCGCCUCCGAGGAAGAGGGGAGUCUCGAGGAAUCCAGUGAGGCAGCUCCCGAGCCCCAGGCCUGCCCCUCUGGCCAGGAGGACAGCCCUGUGACAGUGAAAGAGGAGGUCUUCCAGUGCGAGCUGGAGGUCCCGACCAAUAAGAAACCUCCAGGAGAGAAAGGCGGGGCCGCCUCCAUGAAGGAGAAUGUUUGUCAGGUGUGUGAGAAGCCCGGGGAGCUGCUGCUGUGUGAGAGUCAGUGCUGCGGGGCGUUCCACCUGCAGUGCAUCGGCCUGUCGGAGAUGCCCAAGGGGAGGUUCAUCUGCAACGAAUGCACCUCCGGGAUCCACACCUGCUUCGUGUGCAAGAAGCCUGGGCCGGACGUGAAGCGGUGCAUGAUUCCAGUGUGCGGCAAGUUCUACCACAUGGACUGCAUCACCAAGCACGCCCCGACCGUGCCCCAGAACCAUGGCUUCCGCUGCUCGCUGCACGUCUGCCUGUCCUGCUACAUCACCAACCCUGCCAACCCCACCGUCUCCAAAGGACGCUUGACCCGCUGCGUGCGCUGUCCCGUGGCGUACCACGCCAACGAUUACUGUAUGGCUGCCGGGAGCGUGAUCCUGGCCAACAACAGCUUCCUGUGUCCCAACCACUUCACCCCACGCAAGGGCUGCCGCAACCACGAGCACGUCAACGUCAGCUGGUGCUUCGUCUGCUCCGAAGGGGGCAGUCUGCUGUGCUGCGAGUCAUGUCCUGCUGCUUUCCACCGGGAGUGUCUGAACAUCGACAUGCCCGAGGGCAGCUGGUUCUGUAACGACUGCCGGGCUGGGAAGAAGCCGCACUACAAGGAGGUGGUGUGGGUCAAAGUGGGGCGCUACAGGUGGUGGCCUGCCGAGGUGAGCCAGCCCCGGAACAUCCCGGCCAACAUCCAGCGCAUGAAGCACGACAUCGGCGAGUUCCCGGUGCACUUCUUCGGAUCUGACGACUACCUGUGGACCUACCAGGCACGUGUCUUCCCGUACAUGGAGGGGGAUGCCAGCAACAAGGACAAGAUGGGCAAGGGCGUGGACCCCACCUACAAGAAAGCUCUGCAAGAGGCUGCAAAGAGGUUCCACGAGCUGCAGGCUGAGAAGGAGAUGAGGCAGCUACAGGAGGACCGGAGAAACGACAAGAAACCCCCUCCUUACAGACACAUCAAGGUGAACCGGCCGAUGGGGAAGGUGCAGAUCUUCACGGCAGACAUGUCGGAGAUCCCGCGCUGUAACUGCAAGGCAACGGAUGAGAAUCCCUGCAGCCUGGACUCGGAGUGCAUCAACCGCAUGCUGAUGUACGAGUGCCACCCCCAGGUGUGCCAGGCCGGGGACCGGUGCCAAAACCAGAGCUUCACCAAGCGCCUCUACCCAGAGCUGGAGAUCUUCAGGACCCUGGCCAGGGGCUGGGGCUUGCGCUGCAAGAGUGACCUCAAAAAGGGUGAGUUUGUGAACGAGUAUGUGGGGGAGGUGAUCGAUGAAGAGGAGUGCCGAGCGAGAAUCAAACACGCUCAGGAGCUUGACAUCUUCAACUUCUACAUGCUCACCCUGGACAAGGAUCGUGUCAUCGACGCUGGCCCGAAAGGAAACCACUCCCGCUUCAUGAACCACAGCUGCCAGCCCAACUGCGAAACGCAGAAAUGGACCGUGAACGGGGACACCAGGGUCGGCCUCUUCGCUCUCGCAGAGAUUCCCUCUGGCACGGAGCUCACCUUCAACUACAACCUGGAGUGCCUGGGGAACGGCAAGACUGUGUGUAAGUGUGGAUCCCCCAACUGCAGCGGCUUCCUGGGAGUGAGACCAAAGAACCAGCCCAGCGCCUCCUCAGAGGAGAAGGGGCGCAAGCUAAAGAAGAAGGUGCAGGUGAAGCGUCGGUCCAGGUCAGAGGUGCCGAAGGAGCGUGAGGACGAGUGCUUCAGCUGCGGGGACGGGGGGCAGAUUGUGUCCUGCAAGAAGCCAGGCUGCCCCAAGGUGUACCACGCAGACUGCCUGAACCUCACAAAGAGGCCAGCCGGUCGCUGGGAGUGCCCGUGGCACCAGUGUGACGUGUGCGCGGAGGACGCCGCCUCGUUCUGUGAGAUGUGUCCGAGCUCCUUCUGCAAGCGGCACCGUGAGGGAAUGCUCUUCAUCUCCAAGCUGGACGGACGGCUGUCCUGCUGCGAGCACGACCCCUGCGGGCCGGACCCCCUGGAGCCCGGAGAGAUCCGAGAAUACGUUCCCGAGUCCCCUGACAAGGACCCGGGGCCAGGGGUGGCUGGGGAAAAGACCCCCAAGAGCUCCACUGGAGCCAGCAAGGACAUCGCAGACACAACCCCUGCUCCCUCCACCACCCCCAAGAGCACUGCUACAGCCAGCAAGGACAUUGCGGACACAACCCCUGCUCCCACCACCCCCAAGAGCACUGCUGCAGCCAGCAAGGACAUCGCGGACAUAACCCCUGCUCCCACCACCCCCAAGAGCACUGCUGCAGCCAGCAAAGACCUCGCAGACACAACCCCUGCUCCCACCACCACCCCCAAGAGCACUGCUGCAGCCAGCAAAGACCUCGCAGACACAACCCCUGCUCCCACCACCCCCAAGAGCACUGCUACAGCCAGCAAGGACAUCGCAGACACAACCCCUGCUCCCACCACCACCCCCAAGAGCACUGCUGCAGCCAGCAAAGACCUCGCAGACACAACCCCUGCUCCCACCACCCCCAAGAGCACUGCUGCAGCCAGCAAAGACCUCGCAGACACAACCCCUGCUCCCACCACCCCCAAGAGCACUGCUGCAGCCAGCAAAGACCUCGCAGACACAACCCCUGCUCCCACCACCACCCCCAAGAGCACUGCUGCAGCCAGCAAAGACCUCGCAGACACAACCCCUGCUCCCACCACCCUCAAGAGCACUGCUGCAGCCAGCAAAGACCUCGCAGACACAACCCCUGCUCCCACCACCUCCAAGAGCACUGCUACAGCCAGCAAAGACCUCACAGACACAACCCCUGCUCCCACCACCCUCAAGAGCACAGCUGCAGCCAGCAAAGACCUUGCAGACACAACCCCUGCUCCCACCACCCCCAAGAGCACUGCUGCAGCCAGCAAAGACCUCACAGACACAACCCCUGCUCCCACCACCCUCAAGAGCACAGCUGCAGCCAGCAAAGACCUUGCAGACACAACCCCUGCUCCCACCACCCCCUCCCACUCCACCACCCCCAAGAGCACUGCUGCAGCCACCACAUCCCCCUUUACCCCUCCUGUCACCUCCACCACCACCCCCAUCACAGCCACGCCUGAGGAGGAAGGAAAGGAUGAGGGUCAGGGGGAGCAGAAGUGACUACACCCCCUGGCCUUACAGCUCCAUCCCAGCUUCCGUGGAGCUCCUGCAACUCUCCUGACUACUGACCCAGCUCAAAUCAGGAGAGGGAAUAGGGAGAGGGAAGGGGAGACUGCAGAGAGAGCUUGGUUUGGACAAUCUGCUGUUCUCAGCUGGAUGGGAAAGACCGUGGGGUUUGCGCUGGAUACAACGUGGCUGCUAAUUAACACAAAUAAAAUCUCCCUUCCUUUGUUUUUGGCAAAGUAGCCUUAAGAGAAAAGGAAAGGUGAGGUGAGAUAUAGACCCCCCCCCUCCCAGGAACACAUACACACAGAAACACGCACAUAAAACAUAAACCAACAAACUUAAACAAUAUAUAUAUAAAUAUAUAAAAAAUGAUGUCCUGUGUAAACUGGGAUUUUGGAAUCAUUUGAGGGUGAAACGUCGGCACGUGCCCUGCUUUCUGACUGUAGACCCCAGUUGCUGUUUUCGAGAGCCGUUGGUCGCCUGACCCUGCCCUCACCCCUUGCACCUCGGAGUGGAAUAGGUGUGUCCUGAAACUCUCCAGCACUCGUACAGGCAGCAAGCAGACAGACGGGGAGAGAGGUUAGAAAUACACUGGGACACGAGAGAGAGCACUGUUUCAGUCAUGCAACGUAUUAGAACUGUGGGCUCUUAUUAAAACUGAGCGACUGGUAAAUGACAAGUGCGGGCAUUUCCGUAGUGCAGCUGUACCAUCAGAUCGAAAUGCCUGGAUAUUUUUUACAUUUUUCUUCUCUGUACUGCUGUGGGUUAAGUUCAGUAGAAGGGCAACGGCCAACCUGGGCUCUUCACACAGUUCUAGAUGUGGCAGUGGUGUUAUUUUUUGGAUUUGUUGAUCAGCUGAUCUAAGGGUCAGUCUUGUGUUACCUGGUGCUACAGAACCAUCUCUAUUAGACGAAGCCCUGAAUCUUGACUGGACUACGAAAGAGCUCAAGUGCGGCUCGGCUUCCAGGGCACAGGAUUUUUCAAAUAUUUUGUUGUCAUUUUUGCUUUGUUUUGGAGUACACUUGGAUUGUGUCGUGAUUGGAUCUUGCAUGUGAUUGGAAUAACGGUUCUUCUCAUUGGAUGACCAGACCAAGGACAAUGAUUGGGUAGUUCACUCCUAAUGAACAUUGCCGACAGUAACAUUGAAACUUUAUUCUCCAGCUACUGCUAUGUGACUUGGAGUUGCGGAUCUAUGUGAGAAGGGUGUGUGGCAGGGUCUGGGAGUGUCUGUGUCUGGGGAUGAGGAACACAUUACUGUGUUCAAUAUUGCAAUCAUUGCAGAUUUUACGUUUGAAUGAAAGCCCAGGUCCUCCCCAUUGAGCAGUGUUUGUAGUCUGUGGGAUGCACCUGUUUGUAAUUAGUAGCUUGUGCCAAGCACCUCCUCACAUCAGUAAUACAGUUAAUCAGAGCCCAUCACAGUGUCAUGCACCCAUUGCACUUGUAAACGAAGGUGGAUUUGGUAGAACGUCAAGUUCAAUAUUCUCACCUCCGUAACCAAUUCAGUUCUUGAGAAAGCUGGUGAUGGCUGCUGUUGUGCCCGUACAAACCCGUGUUGAAAUUAGCAGCAUUCUGCUGCACAAAGCUGUUCUUUCUGAGCGAUUGUGGCAAGCCACGAAUCGGUUUUGCCUCCUGGCGAAGGUUUGCUGUUACUGCUCCUAGAAGUCCAUUUUUUUUUUUUUUUUUUAGUAUAAUUACAUUUUAUGAUUUUCAAGCACAUUGA